AAUAGGUACUUUUCUACGAGUGUGGCGUUUUCGAAGCAAAGCAGACAUGAUAUUCUUCUAGUCUAAUUUUGUAAAUUGAUCGUUUCCCGCAGUGGAAAACCUCGCAGAAAUCCGUGAUUACAACAGUGGAAGUGCAAAAUCUCUUUAUAAUAUCGCGAUUGACAUUAAAAUGCGCCCUGGUUUAGAGUCGAAACGAAUGGUGAGCGAUGGCAGGAAUACUGUGAUAGGUUUUUGGUGUUAAAUUUUGCUCCGUGUCAUCACCACUAUAUUUUCAGUGUACUUUGAAAAAGGACAAUCUUAGUUUUCAAUCGCUAUUUCGAGUGUUAUUACGAUUAAAUAUUUGAUUAUUUUGGACGAUUGUUGAAGAAUUUAUAUUGUGAUUGACUGACCGGCUGAUAUUACACGAGGCUUGUAUGUAUAUGUGACUUCUGCCUUCCACUAUUGGUGACACGCCUCAUAAAAUAAAGCUAAAUUUGUGAAUCUUAAUUAUUUCUUUUUGUUAUUGUGUCAUUUUAGUGAUAUUGAUGUUUUAAAAUUACGUAACUGUUGUGGAAUCUGGAAGUGUAUAAAGAAUGGCCUGAGUGUGACCACUCCAUUACCGUCAUGUGUGACGAAGGAAUGUUUGUUUAGGCUCUAAUAUUGUGCUACGACCUUACGGGAAGUGCGCGUUCGUCUCGUGGAUUGAGCCGGAUCAUGACUCUACCCGAAUCAAAACAAGUUUUGCAUUGAUCGCUCUCGACGUUUUGUCAUUUGGGGACACUUUAUUAUUGUCAAAAUGUCUUCGGGAACGUUUGUGGACAGGAUUGAUCCUUUCGCCAAGCGAUCACUGAAGAAAAAAACGAAGAAAUCGCAAGGUUCCUCUCGGUACCGCAACACGCAGGACGUGGAGCUCCAGGCGCUGCCGCUUCUCAAAGAUGUUCCCAGCAGUGAACAGGAGGAGCUGUUUAUUCGCAAGUUACGACAGUGCUGUGUAGCUUUCGACUUCAUGGAUCCAGUCGCUGAUCUGAAGGGGAAGGAAAUUAAACGUGCCACGCUCAAUGAGCUUGUAGAGUACAUAACUGGAGGGCGCGGUGUGCUCACCGAGCCUGUCUAUCCAGAGAUCAUCAAAAUGAUCUCUGCCAACUUGUUUCGCACUUUGCCGCCGAGUGAAAAUCCUGAUUUCGACCCUGAAGAGGAUGACCCGACUCUGGAGGCUUCGUGGCCCCAUCUGCAACUAGUCUACGAGUUCUUCUUGCGCUUCCUCGAGUCAACUGACUUCCAGCCCACUAUUGGCAAGAAGGUCAUUGACCAAAAAUUUGUAUUGCAGCUUUUAGAUUUGUUCGACUCUGAAGAUCCGCGCGAGCGCGACUUCCUCAAAACGGUGCUCCACCGCAUAUACGGCAAGUUCCUCGGGCUGCGCGCGUUCAUAAGAAAACAAAUCAACAACAUAUUCCUGCGAUUUGUUUACGAAACUGAGCACUUCAACGGUGUGGGCGAGCUGCUGGAAAUAUUGGGAAGUAUAAUAAACGGCUUCGCCCUGCCGCUGAAGAGCGAGCACAAGCAGUUCCUGGUGAAGGUGCUUCUGCCGCUGCACAAAGUGAAGUGUCUGUCGCUGUACCACGCGCAGCUCGCCUACUGCGUGGUGCAGUUCCUGGAGAAGGACGCCACUCUCACCGAACCCGUGGUGCGGGGGCUGCUGAAGUUCUGGCCCAAGACUUGUUCUCAGAAAGAGGUCAUGUUCUUGGGGGAGAUAGAAGAGAUAUUGGACGUAAUUGAGCCGGCUCAAUUUGCGAAAAUCCAAGAGCCGCUCUUUAGACAAAUAGCAAAAUGUGUGUCCAGUCCACAUUUUCAGGUGGCUGAGAGAGCACUGUACUUCUGGAACAACGAAUACAUAAUGUCCCUGAUGGAGGAGAACAACCACGUGAUCAUGCCGAUCAUGUUCCCGGCGCUGUACCGCAUCAGCAAGGAGCACUGGAACCAGACCAUCGUGGCGCUCGUCUACAAUGUGCUCAAGACCUUCAUGGAGAUGAACUCCAAGCUCUUUGACGAACUCACCGCCAGCUACAAAGCGGAACGGCAAAAAGAGAAGAAGCGCGAGAAGGAGCGCGACGAGCUGUGGAAGCGGCUGGGCGAGCUGGAGCUGUCGCACAAGCGGCAGCUCGCCAACAAGUGACCGCCGCAAGCGCUAGACUAAUGCCACACCUUUUAUUUUCAAUUAUGUCCAUCUUAUAUAUAUUUUCUAUUCGAUUACCUUUGUUAGUCACCUUAUUGAUUUUUUAUACCUCUAAUGAUUCGUUCGUUAGCAUUAUAAUAUUAUACAUCCCCGUGCCUCGGGCUGCCUUCCGCUGGAGUCGCUGGCGAGAGCCGAUCCGCUGGGGUUCGGGCGGGAUUCGCGAGAAUAAUGAUUUUUUUAAUGAAAUUAACAGUCUUCAGACUAUCCCGUUUGCCCGAUUUACUAUUUUUAAUUGAAAAAUCGAGUGUUUUAAACGGAUUCUAAUGACGAGCAAACGUUUUGUUAUAAUCGGUUCAGCACACCGACGCCGGGCCGGACUCGCGCCAGCGCCGGCGGCAGCCCCAUGAUUCGGUUCGCUCGUGGGCUCCCUGGGCCGAUCUCGUUCGGCGAAUCUUUACAAAUUACUAUAGUGAGGACGCGAGGAGCGUCGGUUUCGCGUCUACGUGAAUAUUAGUUUACUUUAGGGUUUUAAUAUCGUUAAAUUGUUUAAAUAAGUUAAAGUCGUAUGUAAUCCGGAGAAGAUCGACUAUACAUAUUAACCGUAACGUAAAGUAAUCGUACUGCAUUACGGAUCACCGAUAUUUGUAUUAAACGGGCACCCAGCUUUGGCUGAUUAAGAUUGUACAAAAUGAAUAGAUAAAUUCGAUGAUGUAAUUCGUUUAGUGCGCAGCUGACAGGGCGCUGCGAGCGUUGCCUCGCCUCACUCGCAAGUGACACUACUCGCUUCACUCGCAAGUGAGGGCACUGCCGGAAGAACAUCAGCAGCCCCGCAGCGCCCUCGGCCGCCUCUGUAGAUCGUUGUAAUAAAUUUUCUUUUCAAAAUUAGAUGCUCGAUUCAACGUGUAAUUUCGUCGGACUAUCAUUUUGUUAUCAUUUUGUAUAGUUACAUAGUGUAAAUAGGCAUUUAUUUAUUAUAAAUUUAUAGCGAUGUGAUUUUUAUACAUAGCUGCGGGAGUGGGACACUAAUUGGGCAAAAUCGGUCAGAGCGAACUCGAACAUUGUAUCGACACCGGCGUAAAGUUAAUUUGAUGAUAUUGGAUUGAAGUAGACGGAUGCUAAAAGUAGAUAUAAUAAUUUGUAAGGGAAUAGUCAUUAAUUUGUAUGAUAUUACAGUAGAAUUUUGAUUUUUAUGAUCACUUUUUUAGAGGCCCGCUGCCGGACGGCCGCGCGCUUCUGUAUAUACCGAUACGAUACGCGCCGCGACCAUUGCGUAUGUAUGUAUGUACACUAUGGAGAUGUUUGUUAUGUAAAAUGUAUUAACAUUGCAAAAAUUAUAUAUGAUCUUAUAUAUAAACUCUUAUUAUAGAACACAGUAUGAAAAUAAAAAAGUUGACUCACAUGAAUUGAAUUCUUUAUGUAAGCUUGGCGCCCGCGGCUUGCAGUGUCCUUGAGCUCGCGCCCCAGAGCUCAUGAGUUGCGCAAACAGACAGACAAACAAAGAAACUGCAUUGGAAAUACACAAGAAAUUUUCACAUUA